AGAUUCGAAGGAGACUCGUUCUUCUCUGGCCGGAGACUCGUUCUUCGUUUCUCAUCUUGGUCGAUCGGUGCUGAGAGCGAGAACGACUUCCAACGCGUUCGUUCAUCUCAUCCCUUUCUUCUUCUCGCCGCCGUGUAAUACCGGUCGGAGCUCAGCUUAUAGACGUCGUCAGGAGGUCUAGGCUGAUAUUGCCGUGUUUACUGUGCGAGUAGCAAGAAUGAGACGGCAGGGUCAAUAUACAAAUGCAGGGGCAGGGGCAGAUGCAUAUGUCGCUGCUCAGAUGCAGCACGGUCAACAGAUGGAUCAUAGCUCUGGUCAGUAUCAAGGAGAGCUAGAAGCCUUCACUCCUGAAAGGGAUAAUACAUAUGUUACUCCUAGAGCAGAUGGACACCAUGGAUGGGAAAGAGAUGGAUCUGAACCAUCAAGUGCAUUGGCUUCUCAUAUGCUUUAUGAAGGUCAGAGUGGUGAUGCGUCUAGAUCUUACUACCAAGGCCAGAAGCCAGAUUUAAGACUUGCUUUGGAGAAGCAAGGCAACAAUGAUAUGAGACCCCAGACCCAUAACAAAGACGCAGACCAUGGAUAUGAGAAAGUCCCAUUUUCUCAGACUUUUGAAGGUCUCGAGCAGAAAUUUCUUGAUGACAUUACGAAGUUGGCCAAAGAAUUGAAUGAUGCAGAGGACGCUGAAAAUGUUAGACACAGAGAGAAAAUUAAUGCAAUCAAUGCUCAAUAUCAAGAACAAUUAUCAGCUCUCCGAACCCGGCAUGCUAGCCGUAGAGACGAGUUCCUCCGGAGGGAGUCGAGUGCGCGGCAGCAACAGUAUCAGCAGGCCUUGAUGGCUAAGUACUCUAACAGCGGCGUGGGGCCAAGGGAUCCUCAGGGUUUCGGUGGGAUCCCCAGCUCAGCAACUGUUGGGGAGGCCUACGGCCCCUACGAUGCCGAUCAGUACGAUUCGUUCGAAGACCGGGCACGUUUUUACGGGGGCGCGAGGGACCGUUUGGAGCCUAGAGGUUCGUACCCGGGAGGCCGAGCUUAUAACACAAGCUCGCGCUUCUACUGAACAUCAAGAGUAACUCUGUUACUUAAUAAUCUCUACAUUCAUCUGUACCGGAUUUCGCUCAUACAUGAUGCUGUUAAUGCCGAGAAGCAAUGGUUGUACCGAUGUAGCAUGUAGUCUAUCUCCUGCGGCUAGCCGGCUACUGCUUCAUUUCUUGCUAUCAGUUCUCAGUAUUUGGUAAA